AUGAUGAAAUUAUUAGAAACACUUCCGGAAGGAAUUCAAUGGUAUGGAAUCAACGCUCAACAAAUUCGUCUAUUAGCAAAUUUAUGUGAAAAAGCAAAUAAAACUAUUGCAGAUGCAACAAAUCGUUUUAAUCAUCGUUUAUUGUUCACAUUGAAUGCGUUAAGUGAGGAAAAUUUCAAUAUUCUCAUGAAUACAACAAUUCAACAACUUAUUCAAUCAUUGAUUUUUAAUUUUAAUCUUUUUAUAAAUAUAUCAUUACUUUUUACUCAAAUCGAUCAACCUUUUACAAAACCAAUUGAUGAUUAUUUUACAAUUAAUUACACAAUUAAUCAACAAUUACCAAAAUUAACGAUUGUAAUGAAUAGUUUAACAAGUGACGAUAACAAUCAAACACGUGAAUGCAUAUGCGCAACAAAUCCUUCGUGUACAAACGAAUUUUCAAUAAAUGGUUGGAAAUGGUAUAAAUAUUCCGGCUAUAAAGAUCAACGAAGUAGUUUAGGUACAAUUCGUGGAAUGGAAGAAGGAUGUUUUACUAUAAAUUCUCUUUUACUUUCAUCAUUUGAAUGUUUCUAUUCAAAUUCAUGUCUAUCAGCUGUUUAUUCAUAUAUGAAUUCAUCGUAUAUUUUAAAAGAUACAGGUAUUACUUGGAUUUCUCUCUCAUCUCUUGUUUACAAUUCCAAAAUGAGUCAUUUUCCUCCGAAUACAACAUUUUCGAAAAUCAUUCAACAAAUGUUUGUUGAACAAUGGAAUCCAAUUUAUUCGUUUGAUCGUUAUUAUAAUACAUGUUUACCGAGUUAUUGUACUUAUUCUCAAAUGGCCCGAACGAAAAAUUCGAUUCAAGUUUUAAUCGCAAUAGUUUCAUCAAUUGCUGGUCUUACUGUUGUUUCGCGAUUCAUAACAUCGAUUAUUAUGAAAAUUAUCUCGAAAAUUUUUCGACCAAAAGCUCAAAGGCAAAUUCAAGCGCAUCUGAAACUGUGGAUUCAAAUAAAAAAUAUUGUGAAAAAUGCGAUUGAAACGAUCUAUAAUGGAAUUAUCAAUUUAAAUAUGUUUCCGGAAGAACAAUUUGGAAAGAAAUUCAAUCAAAAUCAAAACUAUCGGUUUGGUCAAAUAGCCACUCGACUUUAUCUUGUUAUUUUAAUAAUUGCUCUUAUCAUUCUGAUCAUUUACAUAAUAAUUCAACCUCAAGUUUUAACAAAAAUGAUCGAAAAACCUUCGAUUGAAGUUUUCACAAAACUCUUUAUCAAAUAUAAUAACACACUUCAAUGUCCUUGUUCAUCGAUUUCAUCAAUGUACAAACGAUACGUCACAAUUCAACCAACAUUUCAUCAAAUUUGUUCAAGUGAAUUUUCUUCUAAUGAUUGGCGAAUUAAAAUGACAUUAAAUCUCUCGUCUGAUGUUUCAAUAUACAAUAAACGAGAUUAUCGUCGUUAUUUCUCUUCACAUUUACAAUUUCUACAUGGUUUAUGUGAUCUAUCGAUUGAAACUGUUAAUGAUUCGAUCGAACAAUUUCUUUCUUCACUUUAUAUCACAACUCAACUUCAGCCUCCAAUCACAUUUCAAACACAUAUUGAUUCUUUUGUUAAACAAAGUCAAUCUUCAGCUUCGAUUAUUGUUGAAAAUUUUAUUAAUUUACUUCGAUAUGUCAAUCAUGGAAACGCAAUUAUAUCGACAUACGAAUCAAAUUAUCAUUAUUAUCCACCGAAAUGGUACAAUUCAUCACUUUACUCAGGAUUCAUGGCAUUGAGUUCUUUAGCAUUGAGUGAAGCGAUGAUUUAUGAUGAUGGAUGUUCAUGUGGAUUAGUUUUGAAUUGUACAAGUCAAGCAAAGUUUUUUGAAGAAAAUUCUUCAAAGAAUAUUUGGAUAAAAGGCUUGAAAAUCGGCUGUUUACCAACGGAAGCAUUUCUUAGUUCAACUCUUGAAUGUUUUUAUGAUCAAUUAUGUAUUGAAUUGAUUCAAAAACAAGUCAAUUAUAUGAAUGAAACAUUGAUUUCUCUGACAAAUUCAACUCGAUUUCUUCAUAAUACAUUAAUAAUCGAUCUUGUGAAUGAAUUAUUCAUUGAAACCUGGUCAACAAUUGUUAAUUAUUCGAUAUAUUUCGAUUAUUGUUCUCCAUUGUAUUGUUCAUAUACGUAUAUUCAACAAUUAAAUUCAUUUUAUACAAUAACUCUUCUUCUUGGUCUUCAUCGUGGUCUUAGUUUGAUUCUCAAAUGGAUUUGUCCGAAACUUCUUUAUUUUCUCAUCAAAAUCUACUUUUUAAGAAAGAAACGAUCAAAUUUUGUACAUUCACUUCGUAGAAAUGAUAUUUCAACAACUGACUUCUCUCAUUCAACAUUUAAAUCAUCAAAAAUCACUCAAAUUCCAAGUUAUUCUGAUGUUGCAUCAAUCUCUCCAACAACUGAGCAAAAAACUUUUUCUUUUAACUUACUACGAUUUCUCUGCAUUAGUUUAAUGAUAAUCCUCUUUAUUUCAAUCGCUGUUAUUCCUCCGAUUUUAUAUCUUCAACAUCAACAAGACAACAAUCCUCUUAUAAAAGCAACAACACAAAUAGAUGAACAAAUCUCCCAAUCGAAUUCAAAUCAAACAAAUCCUUAUUCAAAUCCAACAACCACAAUUUCAUCAGUUUCACCAUGUGAUAUCUCAUUUGAAUUGAAAUAUUCGUAUGAAACUGGAAAUUCUGCAUGGCCAAAGUCUUUAGUAAGUGAUGAUUUCAAUCAUGAUGGUUAUGAAGAUGUCGCUGUUGUGAAUUAUUAUUCGAAUAAUUUUGGAAUCUUUUUUGGUAAUGGAAAUGGAAGUUUAACACAUCCAAUUUUUUAUUCGACAGGAUUAACAAGUGGACCGAAUCUAAUCGCUUGUGCGGAUUUAAAUAACGAUAAUCAAAAUGAUUUGAUUGUGAAUAAUAAUUAUAAUUACAGUGUGGGAAUAUUUUUUGGAAAUCAAAAUGGAACAUUUCAACAACAAAAACAAUUAUUAAUCGAACAAAUCGAUUUAUUUGCUUUGGGUGAUUUCAAUAAUGAUGCACAUGUGGAUUUUGCAAUGAUUAAUAAAACGCAAGUGAAUGUUUUACUUGGAAAUGGUGAUGGGACUUAUCAAAAAGAAAUUUCUUCAUUAUUUCGAAUAAAUUGUUCUGUUUCAUCAGCAAUAACAAAUGACUUUAAUCAUGAUCAUCAAUUAGAUUUAGUUCUACUUUGUUUACAAGAAAAUAUUCUUUUAAUUCUGUUCGGAUCAAACAAUGGAUCAUUUUAUUCGACAUCAGUUCUUUCGAACGAACGAAAUAGUCGUGGAUUUGCAAUUCUUGCAAAAGAUUUCAAUGCAGAUGAUUUACCUGAUCUUGUUGUAGUGAAUAGUCUGACUUAUGAUAUUGGAAUAUUUAUUUCAAAAUCCAAUGGAACAUUUGAAGAAGUAGUUUUCUAUUCAACAGGAGAUUCAAGUCGUCCAACUGCUCUUGUAAUCAAUGAUUUUAAUAAUGAUGAUUAUUUUGAUAUUGCUGUUGCCAAUCGAAAUUCUCAUUCAAUUGGAAUUUUUCUUGGAAUUGGUGAUGGAACAUUUAUGGAACAAAAGGAAGUUUUUCUUAAUGAUGAAAUACUUCCUUUUGCUAUUCAUUCAACGGAUUUAAAUAAUGAUGGAAAAAUGGAUUUGAUCAUUGCUGAUAUGAGUUCGAGUAUUUUACAAGUUUUGAUCAAUAACUGUUCUGCUCAAAUAUAA